CUCCUCUGCCACCUAUAAUGCACCUAGUAUAACUGAAGUUGAAUAUCGCAUAAUAAUUAUAGUAUCAUGCACAGUUAACAUUGGCGUCACGUUUAGAAAGGUUUUAACAAUCCGCCUGCAUGUUAUGUGCAUGUUUUUUUUGUCCCCCCAUGAGUAACAAACGUAAGCACAGUUCCAGUGGCACGGUCAUUUGUACCCAUGCGAAAAUCAACUUCUGCAUUCAUCUGACGGAUGUGCAACGCAAUACGCCCACACAUGGGGCUACGUGGAAACUGUAAAAAACAAAACAUACAAGUGCAUUACAGACUGCGUAGAACCAGAGGUUGGAAAAACCAGAGCCAGCGAGAAAAGCGGUGGUGGGGUGACUGCCAAGUCGACGUUCUCAUCAGUUUUGUCACCAGCUUCCAGAAGAUACAUCCAUACGAAUCAACACCACCUUGGCUUGCAAUGAUGUUGGCAGAACCUACAAAGAUGACAGAAGGAAAUAAUGCAUGUAAUCAAUCACAUGUAAAACCUGAUGACGAUUCAUACGAGAUGAGUUUAUUUCCAGCCAUAUACUCUCUCGUAUUCAUCACUGGAAGUUUCGGGAACCUAAUCGCCAUAUUUCUGACCUACAUGUACAUUAAACAGAAGAACAUAUUGGGGAUUUAUUUGAUGAACCUUUGCAUAUCGGACUUCCUGUACCUCAUGACCCUUCCCAUGUGGAUCGUCUACACACGGAAUCACGAUUCAUGGAACUAUGGCGAAAACUUGUGCAGGCUGAUCGGCUUUGUUUUCUACACGAACAACUACACCACCAUCAUGUUCCUAUGCUGCAUUGCACUUGACCGCUGCCUGGCCGUGGCGUUUCCCCUGCAGUCUCUGGGCUUACGGCGUAUGUCUGUGGCAAGUGCGGCGUGCGCAUUCGUGUGGGCCCUGCUCAUCCUCUCACACAUCCCUCUCGUCACGCACCCGCAACUCUUCAACGAUUCACACAACCACAAAGUCUGCUACGAAAAGUACAAAGAGCCGUGGGUGAUCACCAUCAACUACUUCAGAGUGUUUGUGGGGUUCCUCGUUCCACUGUGCCUCAUCGUGGCGUCGUACAGCUGCAUCAUCCACAUCGUGCGACGCACCAGUGUCGUGGAGAGGCGCCAGAAAGUCAAGAUCAUCAGCCUCGUUGUGGCCAUCCUGGCCAUCUUUGUGGUCAGCUUUCUGCCAUACAACUUGCUCCUUCUGGUGCGUUCCAUCAAAUUUGGGGAAUGCGACCUGGAUGGGACACUCCGAAGCGCGUAUAGGCUCUGCUUCACCCUCACAAGCCUCAGCAGUGCCCUGAACCCCUUUCUCAAUGUGUUUGUGUCUGAGAACUUCCCGGAGGACUUCAGGAAUGUCGUCAUGAUGCUUACACGCUGCCUGACACUAUCAAAAUGCUGCAAGAGGCUUGAUGACGAAGUUCAACAAAAAUGCGUUAGCAAUAUGCGACUCGAUGGCAUUCAAUUGUCUACAAUGUCAACCAGCCUCUAACGCAGGGGGUGUGCAAUGUUUCAUCCAGCAUGGGCCAACAUCAGGGAUAUCAUUUACCUCCUCUCGAGCCAGUUGAGUGAAAUGGAAAACUAAGCCAACAUGACACCAACGACAGCAAGAGUGAUACCCCAUUCACAAACAACGGUGGACCUGGUAGCCGGUUCGCUAGCAACAGCAAGCAGCGGUUUUUGCUGACCCUUCAUAUUUUCAUUUUGAUCACGCGCGAGUAAAACCCAUGCCAUAACUGCCUGUGGGCUGUAGCGUGCACACCAUUGGUCUAAGAACCGACCCAUAUGCGUGCAUGUAAAGCUGGUAUUGAUGUGCUAGGUUACUAAACCAUUUGCUAUCUGAAGAUGGUGUGUGCAACACAAUGUUAAUUAUUAUAUAACUGACAGUAAACACAUUAUUUGCAGCUGUAUGUUGAUCAACUCUUAGUUAAAAUCCAUGUCAGUCGUGGUUGUUGCUUAACCUUACUUCACCAAGCUGGUCAGUGCGAGCUGAUAAAGACAGUGGGCAGGCCCGGUUUAGAUACCAGUCGCCACAGACUUUAUCUGUGACUGGGAAUUUACCUAAGAAAAAACACGUAAUUGAAACUAUAUUUCACACUGUAAAUAUAUAUUUAGAUGUGCGCAUACUGUAUCACAAAAAAUACAUUGUACUUUCAUGUAUAGGUAAGAUAUGUUGCAAUAUUCAACUUGUUUCAAUAAUGAGUAUGUACUUGCAUCUGAAACAAUACUACGGUAUGUCUGAGCUUAAGUGCGCAGACACUUGGUGCACAAAUGUAAAAUUAAAAAGCCUCUGGUGCCAGCCUGUGGUCACCCAAAACAGAACCAUGGAACAUGUGUAGUAGUCAUUUCAGAGACACUUAUAGUAGGGGGCACACACAUUUAUGCUCCACUUCCACAGUACAGGAAUAACUACACAUGGGUCAGGACAGCACAACGCCGAGGAGGUGAAGACAGGGUUGAAGACUUGUGAAGACAACGGGUUUCAUUCCCAAACCGAAUCAGCCCCGACCCAGCGUCGGGGCCUCCCUUUUAUCCUCCCCAGCGUGGCCUGGCUCCGCCCUCGGCCAUGCCCCCUUCUGGAACCUACCAGAAGAUUAUGGGCUUCCCCCCACGUGUCCUCUCUGUCACCUUACCCUACAUCCCUUACCCCAGCCUCUCACGUGCCCUGCUGGCAGACCGGCUGCUGUGUCCUCAAAUCCCCGCUCUCUACCAGUGACCAGCGCUACGCGCCCCAGUGGCACACUUCACCUGCCCUGCUCGUAGACCGUGCUACUACACCCACAACCCCGCUAUCAGUAACCAGCACUACGUGCCCCAGUGGCACGCUUCACCUGCCCUGCUCGUAGACCGUGCUACUACACCCACAAUCCCGCUCUCUACCAGUAACCGGUGCUACGCGCCCCAGUGACCCAUUCUAUGUCACUACACAUGUAACGACCCAAUGCCCGAUUCACAAAUAUGAAGCAGGCAUCGCAGCGAUAUUCUCUGCUACUCACAUCAAUAUAAAUUUACAGUUGUUAAUCUACAUCAGUGUUCUUCACACAUUUUUCAGAGGUGGGCCACUUUCGCCGAUAAGACUGCAGUGCGAAGGCCAUCACACAUUUUAAACCAUUGUUGUGUUUGACAGUACGAUGGGGGGUGUUUUCAGAUUUGUGUAUUAUCGGGGGUCACACGUCAGGGGCCUCACUAAAGGCCACCACUGCAGAUCUUCAUCCACAGCUAUCAAUGGGAAAGUUGGCACAAAUAUGGUUACAUUCACGUCGAUGGAGGGUGCUCGUGAAAAGUGUUGAAAGUAAUUUGUGUCGACUUGGCAAUGUCGACACGACAUUAAGUCAACACAAAGAGCCCAUUUGAAAAGGCCGAAUGGAAAGCAAUAUCCAACAGGUUCUCGGUAACCCCACCGUCCUCACCAACCCACACCCAGUAACCACGGAACGUUGGACCAACAGCGGUCCAACGGUUCCAACCAUGUGCCAACGUUGUCCAGAUGUUGCAUGUUUUACUUGGGCAUCGACCAAUACGGUGAAGUAUGGUCAAACAACUCCAUAUGAUUGACACGGUAUGGAGACUGCUUCCUUUGGAUUUGGCUUGAUGAAUGGUUGUAAGAUAUCUUUUAAUUUUCAAAUAAUAUUACCAGUCGUUUUUUUACCUAAACAAAAGAAACUACACAAUUGUAUUGGAGGGAAGUUUCAGAUGUCACAUUUGAGGAAGCACUGCAUUUCACAGUACGAAAAAGGAGGAAGCUUCUGUAUAAUAUGGUGUAACUGUAACUACAGUAUCAGAGAAGUAGAGCUAGUUGUUUUAAGAAAAAAAUUGGCAAACCGAUGUACUAAAAAUUUACACAGAAAUUAAACAUCGCAAUCGCGGAAUGCCACUAAAAUUAUUUGGUCAAACUUUACACGCUUUUGGGGACCGAGGAAAACGUAUGGCUCAGAAAUUAUCACCAAUUAGGAAGUCUUACUCUACUUGCAUUUAGCCAAAGGCUUUAUUAUACGAGGUCCGGUUACAAAUUAUUGGAAAACAUCUGCAACGUUGCACAAGGUCAAAUUUGAACCGACAUUGUUUUAAUUGCCCAAGAUAGCCAUCGUCUGUUGUCUUGCAGUUGUGUAUAAUGGGCCACAUGUUUAUUAAAAUGUCUGUCGUUUAAAAUGAGAUUUGUUUUAAUGUAAAUGUUAAAUUAUAUGAAUGGGUACUUUGUCAAGUGUACGUUUCGACCGAUGAACACUGUACGAAGUGUAUGUUUUAAAGAAUAAGCAGUUAGAUUGUGUAUUUAUCAAACUUCUAGUCGAUGCUUUUAAGUUUAACUCUGCGUUUAUUAUUGGAAUAUCAUAUUUAGCAAUCGGUCUUGUGAUAUACAGCAAUCAUACAAAAUUCACUGAGAAUGAUUUUGGUAAUAUGUUAAAUGCAACUGUAUACGUUAAUGUUCAUGAAAUGUUAUCAUUGCAACAUUAGGAAAGGUGCUGUAAAAAUGCAGCAACAUCUUUCAAAAAUACAAUGCAGAAGAGAAGCAAAAUCUAGGGAAAAUCCCCCGAUACUAAAUCAACAAAUAUCAAAGGUCUUCAGCAUGGUUCAAGUGCUGCUGCAUAUAUUGUUUCAAAUGACAUGUUUGAGACGUUAGUAAAAAACAAACGUUCGUAAAAUAGAAGAGUACAAACGUUGUGGUUACCGGUUUGGCUUUACCUCAAUCUUUAGUAGUUGUAGCUGAGCGGCCAUUCCAGAGGAGUUUGCUCGUUUUUUUUCGUAAAAUAAAAACCAGUUCAACUGGAAUGCGUGCUCACGAA